AUGCACACGAUCCGCAGCUUCCGGAACGGCCCGGCCCUGUCUUCGAAACCGCUCGCGUCCGUCACCGGCCGUCCGACUCUUGCGCGGCGCGGCAAGGGUACAAAAAAAAAACCAAAAAACCGACAGUUUACAGAACGUCAUCUGUUUCUUUUACCGUUGUCUAUUUUCCCUGUCGGUGACGAAUCGAUCGUUUCUCGGCCGGCAAAUGUCCGAUCGGCCUCGCCUUCACUCACGUUGUUCAACCCAACGUCGUUUCUUUUUCCGUUAUUCGGCACCGCUUCGUUCGUCUCAAUGUGUUCUACCCUGCUCCCUCCGUCGUUCCCCUCCGCGACGCGGCUCCGUGGAUCCACGUCUUACAAAACCGCAUAA